AUGACUGGCGCGGACGAUCAAAUCGCACAACGCGACAUCAGCGUCAAUGCGUCACGCGACAGCGACAACUACACGAUCAGUGUGAGCCGUCUGCGCUCUGGGCUGCAGCGGAUGCUUGCUGCGUCCCCCGUUGAUGCACUCAAAACCCAUCCAGCUCUCCAAUUGCUGGCGACAAGGCCACCUGUAGGCGGAGAGCACGAAGGGCGCUUAGAGAUUCAGGCUUUGGCUUCGUGCCUCGCUCACGCUGAGCUGCGCGCGCUCAUUGUGAUGCACCUGCGGCCGUUUUUGCUGGACUUGGUCGUGCGGUUCAUCGACCCGGGGCUCGUGCUGUACGAACAGCUUGAGCAGCGUACGUACAGCGAGUGCUGUGACACGAUGAAGAGGGUGGAGACGGUCGCGGCAACGUUAGCCGAGCUGCUGAUUGUUUUGCCGGCGGGAAGUACGUUGGUGCAACAGUACUUUGAGGCAGCGCCGUGUUUCUUUGCGUUUGCAGACACGGACGCCGCGCUAAAGCAGUCGUGCCACGAGACGCUGACGAGGCUACGACGGAUUGCCAAGACGGCUUUUGAACUGCUACGGCCGAGACCCAGAGAGCUCGUGCCGCUUUGGAAUUGGACGCCGUUUUUUCCGCUCUGCUUCCACGACGACACGUACAUCCGAUGGUACGCCGCGCGUGCAACGGCAUCAAUUUUGAAGCUGGACAGUACACAGAGAACUGCUUUUUUUAGUGCGUUGAAUGUCGGCGAAGAAGCUGCAGUGAGUGGUAGCUGCCCGACCGUUCGAGAAAUUGAAAUUGAGCUCUACAGUGAAGACGCCACACGGCAAGAGCAGCUGAUCAAAGCAAGAACGUGUCAGCAGAAAGACGAAAGUGACAGCGCAUUAACGCAACUAGUGCCGCUUCACGACUCCCUGGCGAACAUUUUCGGCGUCGUCGUUCCAACGAGCAAGCUCGAGCAGCAACGAGUCGUGUCGGAAAAAACGUCAGUGUGCACUGAGCUCGUGCCUACAUCGUCGACUAAGCGUAUCUUGCGGUCAAUCGCGAUUGCACUCGGUCUAAAGCGGCCCAUUUUGGUUGCAGGUCCAGGCGGGAGCGGUAAGACUGCUAUGAUUCGGGAACUGUCUCGAUUGUCUGGCAACGAUAACGUAGUCGAGCUACAUCUGGACGAUCAAAUUGAUAGCAAGACGUUGCUUGGAUCAUAUGUGUGCACAGACGUUCCAGGUGAAUUCACAUGGCAACCUGGUGCGCUCACGACUGCUGUGCUGACGGGGCGGUGGGUGGUUAUCGAGGAUAUCGAUCGGGCACCGUUCGAGGUGCUGGCGGCGCUGAUGCCGCUCCUCGAAACGCGCGAAAUGGUGCUCCCUGGUCGUGGUGAGUUGCUAGUGGCGCACCCCAAUUUUCAGUUAUUUGGAACGACGACGCAUGGACAUCAACUGCCAAAGGGCUUUCAGGAAUCUGUUUGGACGGUUGUAAAAGUUGCACCUCUUUCAAAUAAAGAGACUGAGCAAAUACUGCUCGCCCGUUUUGCAAAGAUCCCACGACAGGUGAUAUCAAAAGUAAUGGUCACUUACAGUACUGUAUCUGGCAGUAUGAACGAAGAGGUCGGUGGGUCGGCACACCUGUGGAAGGAGACACGGCGUAAUUAUGGGCGUGAUUUUUGCUUACGUGAUUUGCUGAAGUGGUGCAAGCGAAUACAUCGCUGCAGCUCAUAUACUGCAGGGGCCACUAGCCAUUACUCACCCUCCGGUCACGAUUAUAUGACUGAAGACGAGCGCAUGAAAAUUGUGGUAGAGGCGCUUGAUGUAUUCUGCGCAGGAAUCCGGGAUCCAAAGACGCGCCUGCAUUCUGCUUGUGCGAUAGCAGCCAUUUGGGAAGUGCAGCCUGACAAGAUUGAGCAUUACCUUGAGCAGCACAAGCCCCACGUUGCAUUCAACCAACACGAAGUGGAGUUUGGUCGCGUGCGCUUGCCGACAUUGCCACAACAAACACGGAUCAAACAAGGUGAAAAGCCGGCCACUGGUUCUGUGGUGAUGACUGGUCAGGUGCUACGUCUGUUGGAGAAGAUGGCAGUCACUGUCGCUACUUGCGAGCCAGCACUGCUUAUCGGGGAGACUGGUUGUGGUAAAACCACAGUCAUUCAGCACUUGGCCGCAGCAAUGGGACAGCACCUGGUGGUACAAAACUUGAACAUCCAAAGUGACAGUUCCGAUCUCGUGGGAGGUUUUCAGCCGGUGGAAAUUCAUCUGCUCGCUCGCCCAUUGUACAUGGCAUUCGUAGAUCUGUUCACGGCUACGUUUUCUGAAAAAAGCAAUGCAGGCUUUUUGAAUGUAGUCCGGAUUGCGCUAGAGCGUAAGGAAUGGAAGAAGUUAGUAAAGGGUAUGCGAAAAGCCAUCCAGAUGGCUGCUUCCCAACUUCAGCGUGACGACUACAAAGCAGAUCGGGAGGCAUGGGCGGGCACCGCUAGCAACAAAACAUCGACGUUUGGGAAGACGACGAGUAAUUUGGCGAAUCGAUGGGACGCAUUCGAGGCUGAAUUGGUGCGGUUUGACAGGCAGAAAGAGCAAGCCGAAUCGCACUUCGCCUUCUCAUUUGUGGAGGGUGCUCUAGUGAAAGCAUUGCGUAAGGGUCAUUGGGUACUGCUUGAUGAAAUUAAUCUUGCAUCGUCUGAUACACUGGAGCGAAUUGGUACGUUGCUGGAGCACGAAACAAGUGCAUUUUCCAUCACAGAGCGUGGCGAUGUCGAAGUGAUUCGCCCGCACCCUAACUUUCGUAUCUUUGGUGCGAUGAACCCGUCCACGGACGUCGGUAAGAAGGACCUCCCGCCUUCCCUUCGCAACCGUUUUACAGAGAUCUAUAUUGACGAGUGCGUCGACCGCUUGGACUUGCAGAUGGUGGUUUCUGAUCAGUUUAGGGAGAUUGCGGGCACGUUAGUACCCCAAACGGUUGAGUUUUAUCUUGAAGCAAGAAAGCAAGCUGAUUUACGAUUGAGCGAUGGUGCGCGUCACAAACCUCGCUACUCGCUUCGCACGCUGAGCCAGGCGAUGCGUAUCACACGUAUUCUAAUUCAGCGAGGCUACGGCACACCCCGAGCAAUGUUUGAAGGGUUUUGUUCGAGCUUUUGUACUCAGCUCGAAUCGGUUUCGCGCCAGUAUCUUGAGAAACUCAUAAAAAAUACUUUUGCGAAAACGAUGAAGUCGAAGGAUUUGACGCGUUCCCCGCCGUGUCCUGGAGGCUCAAAAAAGACUGCUGACUUUGUUCUAGUGAGCUCUUACUGGCUUCGCAAAGGCUAUUUUCAACUUCCAAAAGACGAUUCGUUGCCGGAUCCCGUGACCUCCCGACGGAGGUUCGUGCUUACGAAGUCUGUGGAAGAAAACCUGCGUCACAUAUCAAGGGCAGCUUUGAUUGGUAAUUAUCCUGUGCUGCUGCAGGGACCAACAUCUGCUGGUAAGACGUCGUUGAUUGGAUAUCUGGCUGCACGCAUCGGGCAAAAAUGCGUGCGCAUUAAUAACCACGACCACACCGAUAUCCAGGAGUAUUUGGGAAGCUACGUCUCGGAUUCUGAUGGGAAGCUUGCGUUCAAGGAGGGUGUGUUAGUAGAAGCCAUUCGCAAGGGCUGGUGGAUCAUCUUGGAUGAGCUAAAUCUAGCUCCUUCGGAAGUUUUGGAGGCUUUGAAUCGACUCUUGGAUGACAACCGUGAACUGUAUGUGUCAGAGACGCAGGAAAUAGUUAAGCCUCACCCGAAGUUUAUGCUGUUUGCAACGCAAAAUCCACCAGGGCUCUAUGGCGGACGCAAGGUGCUAUCACGCGCAUUUCGCAACCGAUUUUUGGAGAUUCAGAUUGAUGAGGUUGCCCCCAGUGAGCUACAGACUAUUUUGCAGGAACGCAGUUUACUGCCUCCUUCGUAUUGUGGGAUUUUGAUUGACAUAAUGCAGCAGCUGCAACUUGUACGGCAACAAUCAUCGGUCUUUGCCGGAAAGUCAGGAUUUAUCACCACUCGGGAUUUACUUAGGUGGGCAGAUCGUCGACCAGCAACAAAGCAGGCUCUAGCCGAGGAAGGGUACUGUUUGUUGGCCGAGCGGUUACGGAAGGAUGGCGAGAAGCAAAUCGUCAAGCGAGUUUUGGAGGAGAAGUGCAAUGUGAAAAUCGACUUGGAUGUCUUGUACUACAGUGGAAAGCCCCGUGAGUCCAACCUACUGGAUGAGAAUGGUGAAAUUGAGCAGGAGACGGUAUGGGGUACCGAAGAACAAUUUAAGCGUGUCCAAGCGAUGGUGGGUCACGCUAUCGACGAAGCUGCUUCUGGAAUAUCGAAGAAUGAUGGGCCUUAUUCGUCAGGCAAUGCAGCAGGUUUGGAUAAGAUCAGUCUGACAAAGUCAUUACGGCGGCUCUUUGCGCUUGUAGGGCGCUGUCUGCAAAACAAGGAGCCUGUCCUCCUGCCGCUCUUGAUUCUGAAUUGUCACCAGCACAGCGAGACUUCAGAUUUUCUCGGCUGUUUACGACCCGUGCGAGGAAAAGAAAAGAUUGCUCAGGAGUUGGAAGCGACAUUAAGAGAUUUCUUCACGAUGCGUGGCGAGUGCAAUGACGAAUCGAAAACCGAACAACGUCGGGCUGGUGCUAUGGUCGAAAGCCUGAGUGCAAUGCUUGUAAAGUAUCAGGAUGCACGAGCUAGCGCUCUGAGUGGUGAAUUGACGACGCAAAAGGAGCUUGUGGAGAAGAUUGACGUACUGAAACGACGGUAUCAGUCUAUUUUUCAGUGGGCUGACGGUCCACUGGUGGAGUCCAUGAAGAAUGGUGAUUUAAUUUUGAUUGACGAGGUAAAUCUUGCAGAAGACGCCGUGCUGGAGCGUCUGAAUAGUGUGCUCGAGCCGUCACGGACGCUGCUGCUCGCUGAAAAGGGCGGCGAUCAGGUUGAAGAAAUUGUAGCUCAUUCGAAGUGGCGUGUGAUGGCGACGAUGAACCCCGGUGGCGAUUUCGGUAAGCGCGAGCUGUCGCCUGCUCUACGUAACCGUUUCACCGAGAUCUGGGUACCCCCGAUUUCCGAUCUGGAUGAUAUCACCACAAUCGUUCGCGAUAAGUUGAUCGGAUCUCGGGAGGUUGUUUUGCCAGCUCCAGGUACGCAGUCGAUGACUAUUGACGCCUUGGCUUCGCUAUGUGGCCCUAUUUUAAGCUUUGUCAAAGCAUUCAAUACGGCAAACGGAGGUGUAUGUGGAUGCGGAGCUGUGACCUUGCGCGACAUUCUCAGUUGGGUAAAUUUCAUCACAUCCGUCGUGGAAAAAGACAAAACUGGCGUAUCGUCGGAGGUAACGGCGUGGACGGCUUUUGUCCAGGGUGCAGCAUUGUCCAUACUGGACGGUCUAGGCCUCGGCUCUGAUAAAGCACUGCACGCAGUUCGUAAAGCUAAAGAGGAGGCCUAUGGCUACUUGUUGGCGCUAGUGCCGGACGACAAUCGCUAUGUAAAGGAAAAAGUGGUUGAGUCGCUGAACGCCACGACGCUGCCUGUCGAAUGCAGCAUUGAUCAGUUAAACUCCUUUGCUGCGGACAAAGUUGCUGAAGAGCGGUUUGGCAUUCACCCUUUUUUUAUCUCGCGCGGACCUGAUAGCGCGCAACAGAAAUCGUCGUUUUCUCUGAAAGCUCCCACGACAAUGUCAAACUUGCAGCGCGUGUUGCGGGCCAUGCAGGUUAGCCGCCCUAUCAUUUUGGAAGGCUCUCCUGGAGUCGGUAAGACCAGUUUGAUUAGCGCAUUGGCGGCAGCUUCUGGUCAUCGUUUAGUGCGAAUAAACUUGUCCGAGCAAACGGACAUUUCCGAUUUGUUUGGGUCGGAUUUACCCGUUGCCGCUGGUGGCAAGGAUGGUGACGAAGCAGGGAAAGGAAAUGCCAGCGGCUUGUUUGAGUGGUGCGAUGGUGUGUUUCUACGCGCCCUGAAAGCCGGUGACUGGGUUCUUCUUGACGAACUUAACUUGGCAUCGCAGUCAGUUUUGGAGGGUCUGAAUUCUUGUUUAGACCACCGAGGUAGCGUUUACAUACCAGAACUCGAUCGUGAGUUCGAAUGCCCGCCCACUUUUCGAGUGUUUGCUGCACAAAAUCCGCUUCGACAGGGCGGUGGCCGUAAGGGGCUUCCAAAAUCCUUUUUGAACCGAUUCACACGCGUUUUUGUCGAGACAUUGCACGAGCAAGAUCUCAUCUAUAUCGCGGGCUCGAUGUACCCUGCGUUGCAUUGCGCAGUUGUGGAUACGGAUUCGGGUCUUAGCGAUUCCCAGUACACUGGAAAGACUCUGGUUGAGCGAAUGGUUGCCUUCAAUCGAGUGGUGCAUGAGGACACCAUGGUAAGCUGCAGGUAUGGACGCCUUGGCGCACCGUGGGAAUUCAAUCUACGCGAUGUGUUUCGCUUCUGUGAGCUGCUGAGUCAACAGAUACAAGCUGUGGAUAGCUUUAAAAGCCAGAUACAGGCGAUGAGCUAUUACGUAAACUUUAUCUACGUUGAGCGAAUGCGUUCUGCUCGCGACCGCGAAUUUAUUUCUCGCCGAUUCGAAGAGUUGUUUGGUGUAAGGCCGACCGAUCUGAAUGCCGUGCCGCUUCGUGUAUCUGCAAAUUUUGUUGAAAUCGGAAGUGCACUGCUCGCGCGACAAGGUGGGCACGUAAAUUGUGUAGCCCCGCCAAUAUUCAACUUUUUGCUGAAGCCUAUGGAGGCACUGGUGCAUUGCGUGAAUAUGUCAUGGCCAGCUCUUCUUGUUGGUCCAUCCGCGAGUGGAAAAACAUCGUCGGUCCGUCUGCUUGCUGCUCUGAGUGGGAAUACACUUCACGAACUCGGCAUGAGCGCUGGGACGGACGCGACAGAGUUGCUAGGCUGUUUUGAACAAGCGGAUGUUGGCCGACAGCUGCGUGACAUCAAGCAGAACAUUGAAAGUGUUUACGAGAAAGUUCUUCAGCAAUUGAUGCUCGCCUCUACGACUGGCGGGAUAACUCAGAGGAAAAGGGUCGCGACCCAGAACAAGUUCAGCCGCCUCUGCAGCUCUUGGUGGGCGCUCUGCACACGGGCGAAGUACCACAGCGAUAGUGCAUUAUCUCGGAGUCAUAGUGAAGACGGAAAGAAGUUUCAGGGGAAAAAGCUGGCGAAGGGACAAUAUGAUGAGGGUCUUGUUGACAUGAUGAAGAACAUCAUAAGUAUGCUGACGAAAGAGGCCGGGAACGAGGAGAUGCGAGCAACGCUUGCUGGUCUUGUGAUAAGCAUUGAUAAUGUGGUACGACUCAGUACAUCCGCCUCAAUUGCAAGCUGUUUUGAAUGGGUGGACGGUGCGCUUAUCCAGGCCAUGGAAAGGGGUCAUUGGGUGCUCCUAGACAACGUCAAUUUCUGUAGCUCGUCUGUGCUGGACCGAUUGAACUCGCUGAUGGAAACUGGUGGUGAGAUGCUCAUCAAUGAGUGCGGCAUCAUAAACGGCAAGCUGCGCAUUGUCAGGCCUCACAAGAACUUCCGGAUGUUUCUGGCCAUGGACCCUCAGUACGGUGAGGUUUCCCGCGCGAUGCGUAACCGAUGUAUUGAAAUUGCACUUUUGGAAGAAGACACACAUCGACUGGAUCUUGUGAAGAUUGCGCUGGCUUGUGGAGUGCCCGGGUUUACUCUUUCUCAGGCCUUCCAGACUGCCCAUGAGCUUGUGAUGAACAAGCUAGGAGAGCAUGCAGCAGGCAUGAAACACGGCCGCAUUAACCGCCGCCAUUUAGAAAGCUGGUCUUCAUUGGCUUCGACUGAGCUUUCACGGGGGACAGACCCGCUAAACGCAAUCGUCGGGUCUUUUGAACGUGUUUAUGGAGACGGUUUGCUUGUGCAGCUUGACAUGAGCAGAGACUUUCUUGAAUUAUUCUCCGGUGCUUUGAAAACAUCACAGCAAUGCCAAGCUCAGCGUGCGCUUUCAAUGAUUGCUACGCCUUCGACGCUAGUGUUGUGCGAGCAGAGUGAGAGGCUUGUGCUACAGCGAGACAUUGUGUACCUCGAACAUCUUCUUCUGUCUUUGCAGCGGACAGAAAACAGUGGCAUAUUUGAUGCACAGCUGAGUUGGCUGACUUCAGAUACGAGCGUUGUUGGCUCUGAAGAUAUAGCGGACCCUCAUGGAGUCGAUACCUUGGAUCCUUGGCUAAGGGAAAUCGCAUCGCGGCUUACGCGCCAGGGAACGAGCUACUCGCAGAGGGCACUAGAACAGGCUCUUGGCCAUCUACCGUCAACGCCGGUCUUUGAGUUGCAAAAUGCAGACACAUCUUUGGGCGUGGCGCUUGCACCUUUUGCACUGCGGCGUAUUGCAGAAGUGACCAGCACGUGCGGUGACAGAAACACUUGCUGGUCAAUCGACGCGGAUCGCCUCCUUUUUGCACUGGAAAAGAUUGCUUGCGACUUGAGUGGCAACGCAAACGCUCAAAGCUUGGUUGAAUUACUUACGCGUUUCCUCCAGUCGGUGACGAAAACGGAAAUGUACGCUGACAUUUUCAGAAUGAAUGACAAAACAAUGCGCCAAUUGGCAAGCUUGUUAGACAGGUCAGCCGGCUUACCUCCGAUACCAGCGUAUCUUUCUGCGAACCAUGCGGCCUUUUCAAACUUACAGUCUUUAGUGGCUAAACGUGUCGCAAGCACCCCAUCCCUAAAGACUGACCUUGACAGCGUUUGGAAGUCUGUUCUUAUAGGCCAGUGUCAUCUCAAGCUGCUCAGUGGUACUGAGUGGUUGAGAUUUUGCGAGCAAGAAGAGUAUUUGAAAGUCGAUCUGCUCUGCACGAGGUUGUCAAGAAGCGGCAAUGAAAAGCGCAGUGCGAGGGGUGACCGUCUAGAGAGCGAUUUGAACGAUCUGUCGGUGUUGCAGCAGUCUUACGCUGUGCACAAGUAUCAAGCUGACUGUUUAAACGUGGAAAACAAGCUGACAUUUUUGGUGUAUCCGCUUCUGAGUGCUUUUGACGCUUUCCUCGUGGAGCUUAAUCGAGACUGUUCGGGUCUAGUGACGGAUGCUUUGUGUUUCGAAGCUGUUGAGGCUGCUCUUCGAAAUCGGUAUGAGUUUUCCAUUCAGUUACGAGUGAAGACUCUCGAGUGGACACGAUUUCUCAUCCACUGGCGAUGGUUCAAGAAGUCUCUGCUGCGACUAGCGAAACUGAUCGGGCAGCAUCCAGCUGGUGCGUUUUCGUGGGGCUCGCACUGGAGUGCUUUGCUGGAUAUGUCCCAGCGCAUGCAGGAGACCAUCGAGAAGACUGUUGGAUGCAGAUCUCGAAAAGACGUACUGUGGAAAAAAGGAGGCCACUCAAUGCUUCCGAGCAGUGCUGAUCUGUGGAAAGCCGAACACGUGCUCACUCGGUUAUCCGACACGUUCAUGCAACAUAAUUUGUCGCUUUUUUCGCCUCUUUCCGUUGACGCUUCUAUGGGUAGUGUGGAUGACAAGGUGGACAUGCUCACGCUUCUGUUUGGCGGCGUCACCUCAAUGGAAGCCGCAAUGAAGAGCGGAAAACUAGAUGUGUUGCCGCUAUUUUUCGUGGAUGUCGAUUCUCGCAAAGAAGUUUUGCAUGCGCUUUGUGCAUUUUCGUACUUAGCCCUGGAGCAGAAACAAGGGAAGAUUGUAAAUGCGACUUUUGGAAGGCGACCGAAUGCGCUUUCGGCGGAGUUGCUCAAGUUGCCUAGUAUACUUAUGAAGAAACUAAACGACAAAAAGUCGGAAGUCACGAAGCUUGUAUCAAGAAAGACGUUAUAUUUGAGCGAGAUAGAGGACAAUGCUGGCAAUCACGUGGAUUUCCUCGGAGAAGAGGAUCGUCGUAUUGGCAAGGAUGCGCCGAUCUUGUUAUUUGACGUAAAAGAGAGUGCAUCGAUAAUGGAUCAAAUGGUCACGUUUCAAUUGAGCCCGAUGAUUGAGCACGCUCUUGCGCGCCAAGAGCUCAAAAGUAUCGCGAAGUUGUUGCAUGUGCUGAACAUGUAUCGCUUGUGCAAGCAUGACAUGUCUCAAACGAGAUACACCGAAAUCGUCACGGGUAUAUCUAACGUGUUGAAGUCACUGGAAGGUGUCAUUGAGGAAAUGAUGCGACUGGGGCUUCGCGGUCCUGCCAGCUUCUACGCCUACCAAGACAUCGUUUGGUGUGGGCACAAGUAUGUUUUUUGGGAAGGUUCGAACGAGACGUACGAUGAUAAGGCUGUCGAGCUCGAGUAUUUUGUCUUCCUCGCUCAAUCACGCUUGAAUGGCGUACUUUUUGAAUUCCACAAGUCGUUGCGCUGCAACAGCUAUAACCAAGUGGACCUCAUCUCUCUCAACGUUUUCGAUACUCGGAAGAAGAUGCGCAAGACUAAUAAAGGCUACUCUUCUGUUAGUACGAACGCUGCUGAUCACACCCAUGUUAUCGCUGGUUAUCCACGUUUGUUUCAGGCCGUCCAAGGUGCUGUUGCACUUAAAAAUAUCGCAGAGGUGAAUUUAGAAGAGUCAACGUGCCCAGCGAGCGAGGCGAGAAUGCGUGCGAAACGGCAGGAAAAGAUUGUGAGCCAUUUUGAAACAAAGCAACCUCAGCCGGGGACACAAAUGCUGAACGCAAGCAAAUCAUUUGUACAAGAACUCUUUGUGGUGACUGUGCUCGCGUUCGAAUCGACGUUUCAGGAGGCUUGUACGUGGAAGGAGAUCCAGUCUCAUCUUCUUCAACUCACUAAUGGAUCUCGAACUUUGACUGCUUACGCUCAAACAAAACUGUUGAAGGCUUUACGGACCUCUGAGGACGAAACAUUUGUGAUGUUAGUUGAUGUCCUCGUAGCGCCGUUGGUGGUGUCUAUGGUUUCGGAAGACCAAGAGCAAAACGCUGGUCAUCCCCCAGGUGCAAUUGGCGAAAGUAUGUUGCUGCUGGGUUUGUGGCGCUUCGCGUUACUUCUCCCCUCUUCACCAGUAGAUCCCGUUACGAAGCCACUUGUGAAACGGGAAAACCUGCUUAGCCGCUUGGCGACACUGACUCUACAAGAUGCUGCAAGCUCUUCGAUGCAUCGACUGAAUCCUUCACCGAGGCCUUCGACAGAUUCUUUGGAAGCAGAUGCUUGCCUUAUGCGGGAAUUGCAUAGUCAAGUUUCGGAACUAUCCGCUGAUGCCAUUCAGCGCUACCAGCCAACUCCGCCUUAUAGUGUCGCUCCAGACCUGGACCCAAAUGACAUCGAAUUACGACCCGUAGCAGCGUCUGUAUUUGGGCGACUCUUCCGUGAUUUGCUGCGUUUUGACGCAACGGUCAUGCCGGCUGAGAGAAUGCUGACAUUGGUUAGCACGCUUCGAUCGCCAAAGUUAUCACAACAGCGGAAACGUGAGAUUUUACGCGAACUGGAGAACUUCCAACAAACAUCAGAAAGUUUUCUAGCUCAGUUGUCAAUGAAGUUUGGCCAGAGUUUUCGUGAUAUUUUGGAGCCUGUUGUAGCCGCUAUUUGUUGCGUGAAGGAAGGUGUAGCAUUGAUGGCAUGGUCGCUUUGUGAGACUUUAAAGAACGCGUCGUUGAAAACCCUGCAGAAAGAGGAGUUAGCGCUCACUCUUUUGCAGUUUCCUUCAAGUUUGAGCAUAAACAAAGCGGACCAGUCUUGGCGCAGAGUUCAGCUGAUGUUGCAAAUUAUCGGCACACCCGCCACGUCACUUCUGUUCGGUCCUGGUGUAUCUAACAAGCGCAAGGUCGAAGUGGCUUUGCUCGACGUGGCGCUUUCGAAAAUGAAGUUUAUUUUCCAAGAAACUUUGGCGACUUCGCGGUCGUAUCGCGCGCUUGACUCGACAGCCAUCGAGACCGCUCUUCAAAGUAGCAAGAGCCUGUUUAAUUUGUUUCUAACGAAGUGGCAAGAACAGAAAGAUCGCGAAGAGCAGAAACGAAAGGAGGAGGAGGAGGUAUUCAAGUACAAGGUGCGCCAAUUGGACUUGGAAACGGAGGAAGAGCUGCUGGAGAAGGAGUUUCGCAAGCAGUUUCCAGACUACGGUACCCGGGAUCUCCAAACCUUUUUCAGCUCGUGCAAUGGGGCAGGUGAUAUUGAGUCAUCGGCUGCAUCGGUAGAUACAGAUCCCGAUAUGCUCAUCACAGACAGCGUUAUGCAGCGACUGUGUGAAACGCAUGUAAAAUUGUAUGCAGAAGCCGCAAACUUUGAAAUCAAGAUUAUAGAAAGUGAAGUUGUGGACGCAUUUGCGAAAGCAUUUUCGCUAGCGGUAAAGCUGCGCAAAUCGUUGAAUGCGACGCUUUCCACAGCUGUUGAGAGCGCUGUGGCAUCCUCGGGAGCUUUGGCUGCUUCGCUUGUUCAAACUCGCCUCGGUCAUAGUGUUGCUCGGACAAAGAAUGAUGUACCAUCGUUUGACGCAUUAAGCGGUGAGUACAUAAAAGGGAUUGAUUUUCAUCAUGAUCCGCUGGUCAAGGAGGUUGUUCUGGUUGCAGAACCGUUGCAGCGCUUGAUGGUGAAAGUCCAAACGCUCUUGGCCCAAUGGCCCGAUCAUGCGAUUUUACAGCAAAUUGUGCUAAUCGCUGACCGUAUCCGCAACUUCGAGAUAAGCUCCCCGCUUGUUCGAGCCCUUACUAGCGUGGAGCUACUGCUACGUAAGGCCCAAGAGUGGGAAAUGUAUGCGGCGCGGGCGUACUCGAUAAGCGACGAGCUAAGUGCUCUAUCAGUCUUGGUAACGCGAUGGCGAAAGCUGGAGCUUUAUUCGUGGCCUCACCUUUUGUACGUGAAGGAGAAGCAGCACCGGCUAAUGGCACAGAAGACGUGGAUCCACAUGUACUCGCUGUUGACAGCACCAUUUGAAUCAGAUGCCAGUGGGGUUGAUGACAGUGUUAUUGAGUAUCCGCAAAAUUUGCAGUGGCUUUACCUUAACGGUCUAACAAAGUGGCUGUUUGUACCACUCAACCAGGAAAGAGCUGAUGUCCAGGUAUUGAGUGACGCCACUCGAGAAAGUCGAACCAAGCAGCGUGAGUUUAUGAACGGGCUGUUUGAGACACUGGACGCCUACAUCCGUUCAUGCCCUAUCGGUCAGUACGAGACUCGUCUACUGGUGGUAUAUUCGUUCUGCGCACAGCUGCUUAUGGAGCUGUGGAGUCCUUCCGUGCCUCGAAAGUCAUCUGUCGACGUUUCUGUAGUCUCUUCGAAACACGCGUUGGCCAGCAUGCUGUACCAUUUGUGUAGUUAUUACGGACAACACGUGGGGUAUUUGGAGCGCCAUCGAAGUGGUCUUAAAGCGCCAAUCCAGCGCAAGCUAGUUGAGUUUGUCAAGAUUUGUCGAUGGGAUGAGCAAACUUACUACUCCCUUGCGGAGAGCGCGGAGAAGUCGCAUCGCAAGCUGAUGAAAUUUGUGCGUGAUUAUGAUGCUGUAUUGACUGUGUCCAUGCAAGCUAUUAUCGAUGCUUCAACGGACAGUGGCAUCUCAAAGGAAGGCGGUUUUGUUGGAAUCCAUUCAACGAAAGCUGAGCUCGCGGGUCUCGAUGACGGUGUCGUGGUACCGGUUGACACUGGUCUGGAUGAGGAACGUGAUCCUCAUGAAGCCUCUCUUGACGAAGAGACUACAGAGGGGGAGAAAGCUAAGGACAAGAUGAUGGAGAAGAAACUGGAGAGGCCUCGUGUGUUGCGAUUGACUCAUGCAAGCUUGCCGUAUGUCGCACCAAGUGAGGGUGGCUUUCUGAUGCCAACGUCUUGCUUGUACGCAGAAAAAAUUCCAGUGCUUUCGAAGCAAAUCUCGAAAUUUACCCGGAGGCAUAUACUUUCCAUCGACCAAGUGGAGCACCGCCAGGACGUGCGCACCUUGUGCGAGGAUCUUUGUGAAACUAUUUUCUAUCGAAUGUCCAAACUUCAGAAGGCUACAGGGCUGCCGAAGAAUGCGAAGAAGAAGGCACUGGUUGACCUCCUGAGCGAGAUUAGGAGUCAGGGUAUGGUAUACCACCGACUGCAGCUGCCCGCUGAGUUACAACGAAUCGGGCAAUUGUUCGAAUUGGAUGUGCCUGAUGUGGAUAACUGCCUUCACAUUGAUCAAUUGGAUUCUGCUGCGGAACUCGAGAACUUGUCAACUGCUUCUUGCAUUGGCAGGCAGAAGGGUAAGAAGAAGGGGGGCAAAACGAAAAGUGAACAGGUAGGGGAUGUGCAUCAGAAUGCUCUGACAGAAGAAGCUUUGUCGAAGAACUCGCCGACAUGGUUGUGGCAGCGAGCUGAUGGAUACUAUUACCGGUUCCUGGGCCAACUGGCGUCGCUGCGGUACACCGCAUCAACAAGUUUCUCCCACGAUCUGUCGUCCACGGAAAUUAAUCGCAUGAGUGGCUACGCGGAGAAUAUGCUCCAUACGAUGCUACAGCAGCGGCAGAUCCUUCACGCCACUUCGCUUAGUCACGAAAUGCUUGUCGACGGACUCAACUCACUGAAGCUGAUGAAGGAAUUCAAGAACAACUACCUCAUGUCUGGUGGCAACAGCAGGUCUGCUGUGGACCUUCAGAGCGCGAGUAAGUGGCAGUCGUUUCAGCUGGCGUCUGUCGUUGCAUUGCGUACCUGCCUGUGCGAGCUUAGCAUCUCGGUACUACAGAUUCUACAGCAGUCGCCGACAAGUGCGUCUGUUGUAAUGGAAGUCCGUCAGCAGUUCCAGCGCAUUUCCGAGCGUUGCGAUGUCGUGCAGAAGUCGCUCGCCAAUAGUGCCGGGCUGACCCGGUCACUUGGCGUGCCUGCAAUUCCCCAAUAUCUUGUGAACGCUCGUCAGGAUGCAGAUGGUGAUGUCACUUCCGCAGCCUUUGCUCAAUCAUCAAAACGCGUGUAUGGCGUGUCUCCAGCCAUCUCGAGGGUCGGGCCGUCAUCAGGAGACUCGCAACCCUUUCCUGUCUCAACAGAGGUGCUAGCUUCCAAUACUGCUCAUUUUCGUGAGAUCAGGUCUAUUCUGCAAAGUAUUUCUUCAGCGUUUGUCAUAGUUACAAGACCAAAUUGCUUCGAUGAGUUUCUUGCUGAGUUUGCUGCGAUCGUUCACACUAAUAGCAAAUUUGAGCGGACACUAAAUGAGAGCAGCAACAUUUCAUUCUCGCUACGAGGUGAUAAUGCAACUGUGGAAGAAAGCGCGCAAUCGAUGGCGACGUUUAGUGAACAUUUCGACAAGCUUGUUGAAACGGUGUUGGCGUCAAUCCAAGACCUGACGAAGCUAUCGAAAGAGAGCAACCCAGGACCUACCGUGCACCACGCGAAAGAAGACGAAGAAAGCGCAACGCCGUCGCUUCGCGAUCAGAUAGGAACACUAUCCACAACGGUGAAGAGAUCACGUGUAAAGCACAUUGCAUCACAUCUUGCUAAGCUAUUGGACCUGCUGCAGGACCAGUAUGACCGGCUGAUUAGAACGCAGUCGGGGGAGUGGAAGCAAGUGUUUGUGACAUCACUCACGCUGUUGGAGUGCUUUGAGCCGAGUCUGGUCGAUGUGCGUGGUAUCAGCCGACAACUGCUUGUCGACUAUUUAGUUGCGCACAAGAGCGUGAUGAAGCUGAAGUACGUUCUCGUGCGAGUGUUCCGGAACCUGUUUCAGCACGGAUUUUGCCGGACAGACAAUCAGGAGAACGGUGACGAGGAUGGCGGAAAUGCCGGGAAAAUGCAGUUCCAGGAUGACGUAGAAGGAACUGGCAUGGGUGAAGGCGAAGGAAAGAAGGAUGUAAGUCACGAGAUUGAGGAUGAAGAGCAAUUAUUGGGUUUGCAGGGAGAUCAGCAGGAGGAGCCCGAACCACCAGCUGAUCAGCAACCUGACGAUACGGGCUUGGAAAUGCAGAAUGACUUUGACGGCACGAUGCAUGACAUGCCCGACGAGAAAGAGGAUGACGCGGACGAGAACGAUGACGACAGAGAAGAGCUUGACCGUGAAAUGGGUGAGUUUGGCCAAGACGAUGAGAAUGUGGUGGAUGAAAAGAUGUGGGGCGAGGACUCGGAUGACGAUAACGAUGACAUUGACAAGGAAGAGGAAAAGUUUGAGGAAAACUCAAAGGUGGAAGGCGAAGCACUAGAGGAUGAGGUGCGUGGUAAGGACGGCGACGACGAAGAUGAGGGGGACUCGAACAAGGAAGCAGAGGACAAGCAGAAGCCGCAGCCGGAUCGGUCGAACGACGAUGAUGUCGAUGCCAACGAUGAUGAUGGCGAAGACGCGAAGAUGGAAGAUGUGGUCAACGAUGAUUUUCAGGACAAUUACGAAGAUCACCACGAUGUCGAUCCGACAGAGCGGGAGGAUGGCCAUGGAGAGGACAAACCUGAAGAGGAGCACGUCGACGAUUUACCGGAAGAUAUGCAGCUUGAUAAUGACGGUGAUGGUGGCGAUGACGAUAGUGACGUCGAGGGAGACAAUCCGGAUGACACAGACAUGGGAAAGAUGGAUGACGUGGAUGACGUAACAGCUGAAGAUGAGUUGAAUGAGGAGGGAGCUGGCGAUGCUGAAGAGGACAAGGAUGCCGAGGAGGAAAGUGAGGACGUGCAGCUCGACAAUGAGGUGCAGCUUGGAGGUGGCGGUCUUGAAGAUGAUCCAGAACAAGGCGAGGAGAAGGAAGAGGAUGAUGCACAGCAGAUUGACACUCCUGAGAGCAUUGAAAAAGAGCAGGCAGUUUCUACGGUUGCUGGCACUCAGUCAAAGGAUGGCCAGGAUGAACUUGAAGCGGAUGGUAUGGACGCGGAGGACCAGGACAUGAGUGAUGCUAAUGCUCAGGAGGAGGAGCAAGAUCAGAGAACCGACGACAACAGUAGCAGCCGUACACAGAAGCAGAGCAGCAACAACAACCAGAACAUGAAGCAGGAAUAUCAGCCGCAGUCGCAAGUCGACAGUGAUCCGAAUCGAGAGCGACCUCGUGAGCAACGCCGUAAUCGCCGUGAACCGAACCCGUACCGCAACCCCCAGGAAGCGCAGGAGCACUGGAAGAAGCGCGUGGAGAUGGUUGAUCGAACGGAAGAGGAGGAUUCCGAUGUCAUUAACGGUUCUGAGGAGCUGGAGAAGGCUGCAAAAGAAAUGACGACAGCGGAAUUUGUCGAUGACGACGAAGAAAUGGAGAACGUCGAGCACGCACUGGCUGCAACCGACGAGAGCCAAGUGAUGAACCAACCUCGUGCUGAGGAAGAGGAUGGCGAGGAUGUUGAAAAGGAAGAGGAAGCGCCGAAUGCCGAAAAUGAAGCAUCGGCUAUGGAUGUUGACGAAGAAAACAUGACGGUGCCAGCCGACGAGCAGGUGCAAGAAGAUGAUUCUAUGUCUAUAAAGCGUGAACCUGCGCCUGACUCGGGUGCUAGUGAUGAAGCCCUGACCGAGUGUGAGAAACAAGAAGACCCCAAGACAAAAGCAGAAAAACGUACUGGAGAUACACACGAGCUGGCAAACGAGGAACUGGAGCACGUCAUUCCAUCAAAAUUACGAGAGCUGGACUUGACGACCACCAUGAGCUUACCAGAAGAGGGUGACGAUGCAGAAGUGCAGACAACGACGCUACUGUCUCCGGAUGAGGUCGCUGCGCUGCGCGAGGAGCUAGAUUCGUUCAUUGCGACUUGGUCGUCGCAGUCAGAGCAGGAACGCGGCGCAGAGUUGUGGGCCAAGUAUACGGCUCUCACUGCGGGCGCGUCGCAGCGCCUGUGCGAACAGCUCCGGCUCGUGUUGGAGCCUAUGCUCCGUGCCAAGCUAGAGGGCGACUACCGUACGGGUAAGCGCAUCAACAUGCGCAAAGUGAUCCCGUACAUUGCGAGCCAGUUCCGGAAGGACAAGAUCUGGCUGCGACGUACACGGCCGUCGAAGCGUCAGUACCAGGUGAUGCUAGCGAUAGAUGACUCUGAGUCUAUGGCGGACAACCAUGCGGGUCGCUUGGCUUUGGAGGCGCUUGCCACGCUGUGCAAAGGCAUGACGCAGCUUGAGGUGGGCGAGUUGGCUAUUGCCAAGUUCGGACACGAGCUCGAGCUUUUGCACGCUUUCGACAUGCCGUUCACGGACGACGCUGGUAGUCGUGUCAUCAGCCGCUUUGGCUUCCAGCAGAAAAAGACCAACAUGGUGCACACGCUGGACACGAUCUUGCAGCUACUCGAGAUGGCCAAGCAAGCGGCAUCGACUGCCAGCAGUGCCGCCGAGUUCACGCAGAUCGUGUUUCUCAUCUCGGAUGGCCGCUUCGACUCGGAUGGUCGCGUACGUAUCCGCAAACUGAUCGAAACGGCUCUUGAGCGUCAGCAGCUCAUUGUGCUGCUCGUUGUGGACCAAGGCGCAGCCGAGGGUGUGAGCAGUCAGCAACAGACGUCCAUUCUGGACACGCAAAGCGUCACGUUUGUCAAGGGGAAGGUGCGGAUGGUACCGUAUCUGGAGAACUACCCAUUUCCGUACUACGUGUUGCUGCCUACGUCGACGAUGCUGCCGGAGAUUUUGUCCGAUUCGCUCCGGCAAUGGUUUGAGAUGCUGCAGGCCAAGACUUGA